CAGCGUCAGGUGUUCAAGAGCUGGGUAUCAUAACUAACAUCCACGGAUGAAAAUGUUUUACUCGGUAUGUGUAGUUUAGGAUUACUUUUGCCAUUCAACACAGUAUUACUUUGUCAUACAUAUUAUUGAACCUCUCCGUGCGCCUUUAUUACAUCGCUCCAACAUGCUUCAUCUGCUCGCCGCACUCAUAUGCAUCUAUGCACUGACUUGUGUAAAAGUUGUCUAUGGACAGAAUGACAAAGGUGAGCGCUUUCUAUGUACCGCAGUCCCCAUUGACAAGGAUACAAGUUGCCCCGUGAAGUCUCUGCCUGUUCAAAGCGCAUCGGUCCAGGAGGAGGAACUGAGAAACACCGUCAUGCAACUUCGCGAGACCAUCUUACAACAGAAGGAGACAAUUGUCAUUCAGUUGGGAACGAUUAAAGAGUUGACGUCUAAAUUGUCACGAUGUGAGUCUGACUCUGAAGCAUUUAGGAAAAUGAAUAAGGACACAAUGGAUGAUGUGCCUAAAGAUCCAAAUGACACCAUUGACGUUCUUGGAAAAACCAUGCAGACUCUGAAAGAUCGACUGGAAAAUCUAGAGCAACAGCAAAUGCGAGCCAAUAUCUCCGGUGCCUCCUUUCCUAACGAACUGAGAAAUUUACUUCAGCGUAGACUGGAGGACUUGGAAAAUCAACUGCUCAAGAAGGUCAAUGAGCUUGAGGAAGAGAAGUCCCAGUUAUAUAAUGAGAGCGUCGCUCAUCGCCAGCGCACUGACAGUACUCUCAACUCUCUCAUGAACAGGAUCUCUGAACUGGAGAAAGGAGGAGCUGGAUUUAAAUCACCAGAGAAUUUCAAGAUCUCUCUUCCACUUCGCACAAAUUACCUUUUCGGACAAGUAAAGAAAAGCCUGCCAGAAAUGUACGCCUUCACUAUCUGCAUGUGGCUCAAGUCAGGUUCGAGCCCCGGCAUUGGAACCCCAUUUUCCUAUGGAGUGCCUGGCCAGGCAAAUGAGAUUGUACUGAUCGAAUGGGGCCAUAACCCUAUAGAACUGCUCAUCAAUGACAAGGUGGCACAACUACCUCUAUCAUUGAGCGAUGGGAGGUGGCACCAUAUCUGCAUCACUUGGACAACCAGGGAUGGGCUUUGGGAAGCCUACCAGGAUGGCCAAAGAUUGGGAUCAGGAGAAAAUCUGGCCCCCUGGCAUCCUAUCAAGCAGGGAGGAGUCCUCAUCCUGGGCCAAGAGCAGGAUGUAGUAGGGGGGCGCUUUGAUGCAACCCAGGCAUUUGUGGGGGAACUGAGCCACUUCAACAUCUGGGAUCGGGUCCUGCGCUCCACGGAUAUCAUUGCCAUGUCAAACUGCUCAUCCUACACACCUGGGAAUGUGGUGGCUUGGACUGACAGUAACAUUGAGGUGUUUGGUGGAGCCUCAAAGUGGCCACUGGAGCUAUGUGAAGAUCGGCUAUUUGACAAUUAAAGAUGUUUGCAGAUAUUAUUGAAUGAUAUUAAAGGGAUAGUUCACCCAAAAAUUAAAAUUACCCAAUGAUUUAGUCCCUCUCAAGCCAUCAUAGGUGUAUAUGAAGUUCUUCUUUCAGAAUACAAUCAGAGUUUUUGUCCGAAAGAAGAAGGUUAUAUACAACUUGGAUGAUUGAGGAUGAGUAAAUUACAUUUUUGGGUGAACUGUCCCUUUAAAUCCUUUUUAUCCUCAAAAAAGAUUCACCACUUAAAAGAAAAGUAGCAAAUAGUUUAGAAAAAUCAACAUAAAUCAACUAUAUCAGUGAAAUAUUUAAAUAUUCUAGGAUAGAUUACAAAAAGCAGGUAAAAGUAACAUUUCAGUUGAUAUGUUCACUUGACAUUUGUGGCUAAAGGAAAUUUGCGAUUACAAAACACUGUAUAAGAUGGUACUACCAUGGUACUCUGAUAAAUACCAUAUUACUGAGUGAUUAUCAAUUAUUUACAGUGUAUAUACACAUUAUACUCCAUGGUGCAUUGUCAUGUCACCUUUUUGGUCUACACAAAAUCACACAUGUGUAUGAUUAUCUUGUUAGCUGUGUCCACGCCAUGUUGGAAUUACCAGAAUUAUGAGGUUUAUAAAAAGCAGUCAUGUCCUCAUAGAGCUCAUAAUUGCAACUUGUAAACUUUUUUUUUUAACUCUUCAUGUGGAAACACUAAAAAUGGCAGCAGCUUGAGAAAUAAAAAGUAGUUGAACAGUUAUUUCAUAAUAUUUCAUCUUAAUAAUUCUGGGAAAAAAAUUAAUAAUGCAAGAAUAAUUGGUAAAUAAAACUUAUUUUAAUGUUGCUAGCAUCUUUCUACUACCCCACUGAAUAAACUAUACAAUUAUUAAUAAGGCAUUUUCAUUAUCUUUUUUUUUUAUUGUGGAUUCAUCUAUUGAUUCCUCAGAUUACACAGAUGAAUUCUGGUGUUAAGUGUUGCUAGAGAAACUCAUAAUUCCAAAUCCGAGGACAUGAACAGCUCUAAGUAGGACAUCCUGUGUUCUCAACUAAAAAUGUUUAGAAAUCAUUCACAACAUCGCGUGAACGCAGCAAAAGUUUUUAGAUAAAAAAAGAGUGUACUCAUGGCUUUCUGUGUCCUCUUUGUUGCCCUGCGGUCUAAUGUAACAUGCUAAUAUUUCAUUACAAACGGUUUAUAUUUAAGAACAAGAUCAUACAUUAUAUAAGACGAACACCUUUGUAUCUUUUGUUGUUAGACAGUCUAAAUAAAUGUAGACUUUGGUGAGGGAAAUCACAUUAAUGAGUUCAUAAUAUGGUUAAAGCACCAUACAUUUUUCUUUUUAAAAUCUGUAAUAGAUUCAUAUAAACAGAUAUUAAUUAAAAAAAUAUUAAAAAUCAUCUUUCUUCAGAAUCUUAAGCCCAUCUCCGUUUACACUGACUGAAUUACCCAUUGAAGAUUAUGAAUGUUUUAACACUGUCAAAUAUUUUGCAGACAAUUAAUGAACUGUGAAUUAUGUUGCAAGGUCUGUUUCUUGAAAUAUAUUAUCAUAUUUUUAUACCCUGUUUUUAAAAAUGAAGCAUUUUUCAGAUGUGUAAUCUAGUGUUGUUUUGUUUGCUAUGGAAUGUCAGGAUACCCAUGUGUUGUUUAAAAGCCUUUUUUUGUUUACCGUGCCAAUUAUUCAGGGACUGCUCGACACUGCUAACCUGUGUUUGCCAAUGAAAAAUAAAGUUUGCUUAGAAGUC